AACUAAAAAAUUUUGCCGUUGAUCAGCUGGAUUUAAAAGACAAAAGAGUUCUUAUCAGAGUUGAUUUCAAUGUACCUCUAAAAGAAGGGAAGAUUACUAAUACGCAAAGAAUUGAUGCAGCUUUGCCAACCAUUAAGUAUGCACUGGAUCAGGGAGCAAAAUCAGUGGUAUUGAUGAGUCAUUUAGGCAGACCAGAUGGACGAAGACAGGAUAAGUACACUAUGGCACCUGUCAAACCACAACUUGAUGCAAAGCUUGGAAGGAACGUGACAUUUUUAUCUGACUGUGUGGGGCCUGAAGUGGAAGCAGCCUGUGCUAACCCUGCACCUGGUUCCGUGAUUCUGUUAGAGAAUCUACGUUUUCACAGAGAGGAAGAAGGCAAAGGUGUUGAUGUUAAAGGAGAGAAGGUAAAAGCUUCUGCCGCUGAUGUUGAAAAGUUCCGAGCAUCUUUGUCAAAAUUAGGAGAUGUUUAUGUCAAUGAUGCAUUCGGCACUGCUCACAGAGCUCAUAGUUCAAUGGUUGGAUGCCAGCUACCACAGCGGGCUUCAGGAUAUCUAUUGAAGAAAGAAUUAACAUAUUUCUCAAAAGCUUUAGACAACCCAACUAAACCAUUCCUGGCUAUACUUGGAGGAGCUAAGGUAGCUGAUAAGAUACAGUUAAUUGAGAACUUGCUAGAUAAAGUUACAGACAUGAUUAUUGGUGGAGGAAUGGCAUUUACUUUCCUGAAAGUCCUGAAUGGCAUGAAGAUCGGGAAUUCUUUAUAUGACGAAGAGGGGGCUAAAAUUGUAAAUAAACUCAUGGAAAAAGCUGAGAAAAAGGGUGUCAAGAUUUAUCUUCCAGUAGAUGUAGUGACUGGAGAUAAGUUUGCUGAAGACGCAACUGUCGGCAGUGCUACUGUUGCCUCUGGUAUUCCUGAUAAUUCAAUGGGUCUUGACAUUGGACCAGAAUCUAUCAAGUUAUUUACAGCUGCCGUAACAACAGCAAAGACAAUAGUCUGGAAUGG